UUUCGCGGUACAGAUAAAGAAUAAACAGAAAGUGUAAUGAUAAUGAUGUCACGUAGUAGCAGGAAAAAUUGCAUUACAGAAAACAGUCAUUCUUUACUAGUAGAUAUCAUAAUAUUUUCUCUACGAUUUUGCUUUGUCAUGAUUGUUUAUCAGCCGAUUUAAACUGUGCCUAGAAAAACCUACGAAGGAUUACAUCAUUCAGGGAUUCAGGGAGGAAUACGGGAUCUUAUAUAUGGGUGAAUGAUCCGCAACUAUCUCAGUUUCAAGUUGUCACUGCACGCGGCAGCGUCGUUCUUUCAUUGUCCUAAGUUUUGUGUUUUACAAUUUUAUAAUUCUUGAAUGUUUUAAUGACUUAUCUAUAACAUUUUAUACAUGAAAAUUCUGUACAAAAUCUAUCACAUUUUCACGGGGUAACAAGUUAAAUCAGCAAAGUUCGAAAAAGAAAUGAUGGACUCUGUAUUUCGUACCCGCUCGCUCGGUACCGCGGCAGAAGGUGUCCGCGACCAGUACGCGGACGGAAGAGCCGCCAAAGUCUGGGAGGUGUUUAUAGGCGACAAAAAACAGAGGACGCAAAAUUAUCGAGACUUCCUAGUAGGCUUAUUACGGGAGAAAGGAUGCCGUAGAAUCCUGGACGUCGCAUGCGGUACAGGCGUCGACUCGGUGAUGCUCCUCGAAGAAGGUUUCGAGGUUGUUAGCGUGGAUGCUUCGGACAAGAUGCUGAAGUAUGCGUUGAAAUCUAGAUGGGAUCGACGCAAGGAACCUGCGUUUGAUAACUGGGUAAUUGAAGAGGCAAACUGGUUGACUUUACCAAAGGACAUCAGUCACGAAAUAGCGGACGGUUUCGAUGCAGUGAUCUGUUUGGGCAACAGCUUCGCUCACAUGCCUGACAAUUUCGGCGAUCAGAGGGAGCAAAGGCAGGCGCUGCUGAAUUUUGAGCGUUGCGUGAAACCGGGUGGUUUGUUGCUAAUCGAUCAUAGAAAUUAUGAUUACAUUAUUGAGACUGGGAAUAUACCUCCUAAAUGCAUUUAUUAUAACAGCCAACACAUGACAAAUAUUAAGGCUUCCGUCCUGUUCGUCUCUGGAAAGCCAGCCAUUGUUACCUUGGACUACAUGAUCGCCCUAGAAGAAAACGACGACGAAAAUCAAGCUGUCAGUGAAUUCAGGCUCUCUUAUUAUCCGCACCGAUUAAACGUCUUCAGGGAUAUGUUGGACGAGGCUUUCCACUACAGAGCUAAGCACACAAUUUACGCUGACUUCAAGACCCUCGAAGAAGUCAAACAUCCCGGAUUUUAUAUUCAUGUGAUGGAGAAACCUGUGUAAAUACUUUUCCCGCCAAAAUGUGGUCCAUCUAUCAGGAGCGUCAUGGAAGACAAAUCGAACAAAUAUCGAUGUUUCAACGCCAUAUUGUAUGUCCACGUUUUUCAGAAAGAUGAGUUUAAAAUCUUUGUAUGAUUAAUAUUAUACUUUUAUUGUAUUUAUUGUUAUAAAUACGUAAGGGUAUUUAAGAUAGAUUAUAAAUGUAUAAGAUAGAGUAUAUAGAAUUAUAAAGGACUAAAGAAUAUAUAAAUGUGAAUAUAUAUAUAAGAUAAAGCACUAAAGAAAAAUAUUUUUACAAUAUUUAUAAAGUAUAUUUGCAUAUAGUAUGAGACUAGAGAACUAUUAAUUUAGACUUCAAAAGUGGACAUACAAUAUUUGCAGCAAGCUAUAACAAUGAACCUGUGCUCAGACCACAAUCACGUUAUAAUUCAUCGUUCAUUUGUUUAUUUAUUUGAAAGUAUGUAAAGAUCCUUAAACCAUGAAGGAUUGAUUCGCUGUAACAUUUUGUAUCAUGUAACUAUUUUAUAUUAAUGAAUCUUGCUACUUCA